AUGGAAGAUGAUUACAUUCUUGCAUCAUUUCUUCAUCCAAAAUUUAAACAACUAAUGCCAGCAACAGCAGCUCAAAGGGCUGAGUGCUAUCGAGCCUGUCGAGUAUCGAUGCCAAAAACAACUGGCAUGACAACAACUAAUGAUGAAGAUGAACCAACAAGAAAAAAACCAAAAAAAUUUCUGGAACAGCUAAUGGAUAGUGAAAUAACAAAAACUAAAUAUACAACAAUAGCACGAGAUGAAGUCGAUCUUUAUAUCGAUUUCAAGAUUAGUGAAGAAAAAGAUUAUGAUAAUCCAUUGUCAUUUUGGAAGGAACACGAAAAUAUUUUUCCACAUUUAGCAAGUGUAGCACGUCGUAUAUUUUCUAUACCUUGUAGCUCAGCUGCUGUUGAAAGACAAUUUUCAGCAGCUGGGCAACUCAUUAAUCAACGAAGAUCUAAUUUGGACCCGGCCAUUGUUAACAAUAUAUUGUUUCUUCGUUCAAUAGAGAACAACAAACGUAAAGAUUGA